GGCAACACGCGUCUCUCCCUACUCCGCGCCCUUCGCCCGUGCUCGUCCUCACGUCUCGGCCAGGCCGCCGCCGCCCGAAGCUCUACCAGCAUGUCGGAAAAACUGCCCUACAAAGUCGCCGACAUCAGCCUGGCUUCCUGGGGACGCAAGGCCCUAGACAUAGCGGAGAAUGAGAUGCCCGGCUUGAUGCGCAUGCGCGAGAUGUACUCUGCCUCCAAGCCGCUGAAAGGGGCCCGAAUCGCCGGCUGCCUGCACAUGACGGUGGAGACUGCUGUCCUCAUUGAGACCCUGGUGGCCCUGGGUGCUGAGGUGCGAUGGUCCAGCUGCAACAUCUUCUCUACCCAGGACCACGCAGCAGCCGCUAUUGCCAAAGCUGGCAUUCCAGUGUACGCCUGGAAGGGGGAAACGGAUGAGGAGUACCUGUGGUGCAUUGAACAGACAUUGUACUUCAAGGACGGGCCCCUCAACAUGAUUCUGGACGAUGGCGGUGACCUUACCAACCUCAUUCAUACCAAGUACCCACAGCUCCUGUCUGGCAUCCGGGGCAUCUCCGAGGAAACCACCACUGGUGUCCAUAACCUGUACAAGAUGAUGGCCAAUGGCAUCCUAAAGGUGCCUGCCAUCAAUGUCAAUGACUCAGUCACCAAGAGCAAGUUUGACAACCUCUAUGGCUGCCGGGAGUCGCUCAUUGAUGGCAUCAAGCGGGCCACAGACGUGAUGAUUGCAGGCAAAGUGGCAGUGGUGGCAGGCUAUGGGGACGUGGGCAAGGGCUGUGCACAGGCCCUGCGGGGUUUUGGUGCCCGAGUCAUCAUCACUGAGAUUGAUCCCAUCAACGCCCUGCAGGCAGCCAUGGAGGGCUAUGAGGUGACCACGAUGGACGAGGCCUGCAAGGAGGGAAACAUCUUUGUGACCACCACGGGCUGCGUGGACAUCAUCCUUGGCCGACACUUUGAGCAGAUGCAGGAUGAUGCUGUUGUGUGCAACAUCGGCCACUUUGAUGUGGAGAUAGACGUCAAGUGGCUGGAGGAGAACUCAGCUCAGAAGGUCAACAUCAAGCCUCAGGUGGACCGCUACUGGCUGAAGAAUGGACGCCGCAUCAUCCUGUUGGCAGAGGGACGACUGGUCAACCUGGGCUGUGCCAUGGGUCAUCCCAGCUUUGUGAUGAGCAACUCCUUCACCAACCAAGUGCUAGCACAGAUUGAGCUGUGGACUCACUCAAACAAGUACCCUGUUGGGGUUCACUUCCUGCCCAAGAAGCUCGAUGAAGCCGUGGCUGAAGCCCAUCUGGGCAAGCUGAAUGUGAAGCUGACCAAGCUCACUGAAAAGCAGUCUAAGUACCUGGGAAUGCCCCGUGAUGGCCCCUUCAAGCCUGAUCAUUACCGCUACUGAAAGCUCGGCUCUCCAAUGGCCUUCCAGCUGCAGUCCUUGCCCAGGUCCUGCCGCUCAUCCCAAAGAGCAAAUGGCACCAACUUUGCAAAUAGUUUGUUGUUGUCUCCCAUUGAUUCUGUGGGGCUGGUCACUGUGUUUGGCCUCUGCGGCAUUCCUCAUACUGUUCCAAGUUAAUCAGGGGAAACAGAAGUCUUUGUCAAGCCCUGGUCAUAACGAGGGUUGAAGGGAGACACCCAGAAGGGACCAUGAGCUUGAGUUUUGGAAACUACUCACUUGGUCAGUCCUAGACCGGAAGGUCUGGUUACAGAGCCCAUGUGCUUUCCUGUCCAGUCCCUCACCAGGCCAGUGGACUUUAUCCCCUUGUUUUCGGUUUACAUUUUAGCAGUUUCAUCAGCCCAUAACAGAAAAAGGGAGCAGGGAGGAAUUGUGAAGUUCACGCUCCUGAGAGGCUGGCUUAGUGCCGGGCAUUCUCUUAAACCUCAGAGCUGUGAGGUUGCCACUUUUGAGUCCCUCUUUUCGGGGGGCUAGAAUAUACUGCGAAGGACCAGCCAAGCCCAGAAUGACUGCCAGAUAUUGAGGGACCUAAGUGAGGAAAGGGUAGAUGACGGUUUGCUGCCACUGUGACAUAAUGGCUCCUCUGAUGGGUCAAAAAAGUGGGUAGGUUUGUUUAUAAGGUUUAUAAUGUUAAAAGAAUAAGAAAGUUGGUUAAUAAACUUUUUGGUGCCUAAACAA